AUGCCAAAGACGCAAGGAUCACGCAACUACAGCCUAGAUGAGCAGCGACACUUGCUCACAACGAUCGCUGAGCGUCUGCUACUGAGUAAAUCCGAUUGGAUUGCCGUCGCUUCCAUUUACAAUACCACGAAGGACGAGAGUUGGAAAGACCGCACUGCCGCCAGCCUCAAGAGAAAAUUCACGGGGAUUUACGCGGCUGCGAAACAGCACUCCACCUCUAGUGUGGCAGAACAAGGCGGUCAGAGUGGGCUAGGGCAAAUGGCCCUUGAGCUAAAGCGUAGUAUGAAUUGUCGGGCACGGCACCCGCACAAUGCAGACGCACGCGGACCUACCAGGCGCCUACCACCCCCAGCAGCAGACCAACCACGUUCUGGAGAUCACCACAGGCCUGAACAUGCUGCACCGACUACCUCAGCUGUGCAAAUGGAGCCGGCAGUUCAAGAUGACACUCCGGUAGACGCAGAAAGCCCGGUAGCGACACUUUCCUUGCGAGUUACUGCUGCAAACGACGGUGUAAGCCUGACAGGAGAACAAGGGCAUACUCACUGCGACGUAGUGCAACUAUUCUUGUGGUUUCAGCGGCGCGAUGAGCAGCAGCUACAGCGAUGGAGCGAAUUCCAGCACCAACUCCGCGCUGAUCUUAGCGAAACGGGCCGCAGACAUCAAGAGCUACUAGCACGUAUAACUAAGCUCCACGAUGCAUUGCAUGAGCAGCAUCCAAGAUAGCUCGAAGGUAGCUUUUCGACCCUACAAACCCCUGCUCCCUUCUGUCCUACUCAGCGCUUGCCUCUGCAAUAUCCAAC